AUGCUCGCGCCUGCAGGGCCGCCCGGCGGGCGGCUGCCGUCGCCAGCGGCAUGUCCAGGGCCGAGACGGGCGCCGGCCGAGAGCGUCUUCGACGCGGCCUGGCGCGGGCCUGGCGCCGCGCGCGGCGGCAGCAGGCAUGCGAAGGUGCCAGAGGGCAGCCAAGCCGGCGAGGAGGACAUGUACGUGGGGCGGGGCGACAAGCGUGCGGAGCCGCCGCCGUGGUGGGGACGUUUUGGGGAUAUCUCGCAAUCCCUGCUGCUCGUACGCAGGAUUUUCGACCUGGGGGUUCUUAUGCAGGAAGAGGGUGGGCAGAAUGGAAUUCAGCAUCUGGCUUGUCUUCUGCAGUCUCGCUCAUGUCUGCGUAAGUGA